UUUUUUUUAAGAAUCAACAGUUUUCCAUCAGAAGGACAAAUGAACUGAAAAGUAUUCUUUAAAAUGAAACAAAAACGGCACACCUGUUCCCUUACACAGGUUUUUCAAUCAAUAUGUAACGGUUAGCGUUACCCAAAAUUCCACGCGCACCGAAACUAUUACCCGGAAGUUGUAAACGUAAAACGUUACUCUAAACUUUUUCUGGUUUCGGUUGGUUCUUGUCAGGGGAAUUUUUACAGAAUUUUAUGCGCUGAACGUCCACGAACGGUUGAAUAACGUUAUUACAGAUACUGUUGUUCGCUGUGAACAUUACGAUUGACUAUUGGGAUCAUUUGCAGAUUCUGUAGGAUAGCAGAGGAACAGUCGCCAUGUUCUGGGGUUACGAUUUUGAUGAUGACGACGACUAUGGCUAUGGUUACGACGACUACGGCGAGUCCGACGGGGAUUGUGACUAUGACUACGACGACUAUGAUGACUGCUACGUCAGCAGAAGGAGCAGCAGAGAGUCCCCAGAAGACGGCUCCCGUCGCUUCGAAAACUACGCCCAGGGACGCGAGCUUCUUGCUGAACUUGCCAUCCAGCGUAAGACCGGGGAGUUCCUUGAUGUUGUGGUGCAAGUAGAGGGUAGGGAGUUCCCGUGCCAUCGCGCCGUGUUGGCAACCACGCCAUACUUCAAAGCUAUGUUGUCGUCCAAUCUCACCGAGAGUAGGUCAAAAGUCGUACGUCUCUGCGGGAUCGACUCCAUCAGCUUUUCCAAGAUCCUGGACUUCCUAUAUAGCGGGGAAAUCCGCAUCGGUAAAGACGAUGUCCAGGACAUUCUGCAAACGGCACACAUGCUACAGUUUGAUAAGAUUCUGCAGUACUGCCGGGAGUUCAUCCAAGACAACCUGUGUCCAGCCAACUGUCUGGGUGUGAUGCGUCUUGCCGACAUGUAUGGCCUUUCCGCCCUGAAGAAGAGCGCAAGGAACACGGCAGCAUCAAACUUCUCAGACGUCACACAAGAUGAGGAGUUCCUCAGCCUUUCGCCGCAAGAGCUCUUAGAUCUACUGGGAGACGAGGAUCUGAAAGUUACCAAUGAAGACGACGUUGUCACUUCUGUGAUCAGAUGGCUCGACCAUGUCCCUGAAAAUCGUCAAACGGCAGUCUUCAAGAUCUUGUCAGAGAUCCGUCUAUGGGCGGAUCCAGGAUUUUGCAAAGGGGGGGCGCAUAUGCUGUGGUAG